AUGUCUUCGCUCUGGACCAUUGUCAGAUUGUAUUUUCCCGGUGCUUCUAAUCCGAUCAAUGAUUUCCACGCGGUUCAAAGUCAUCCAAGUUCCCUUGUCACGCGAGUUCUCGUCAAUUAUAAUCAAUUGAUCACCGAAAUGCUCCAAAACCAGUGGAUAAUGGCGAGUCUUGAAACGGGAACAAUUAGCUCGGGUUGCGACAACAUUCCACAUUCGAAACGCGGAAGCGGUGAAGAAAAUCGACGAAGCUCCUCGCCGGACUUACCCGCGAUGAAAUUGACGAUUUUGGUGACUUUGUAUCUUGGCAACAUUAUCAUCCCCUUUUGGACACCGCGAAUCAAAGACAUUGAAGAUGCAAAUGUGAUGACUCAAUUUGUUGGAUAUAACAAGAAGAUAUUCAAUGGAGAUACAGCCGUUUCCGAGAAAUAUUCAACGGGGCUAAUCUACCCCGAACCGAUCUCCUAUUUUGGCAUCCGUGUCACCUAUGAUCGAUGGAGUUCGGAUCGAGCUUUCGAGAAAUUGUUGAAAGGGAAUUCCCGAGAAGAUUUCCGACGAUCCCUUGCCGGAAUCUUGCAAACUCCCUACUUCAAUGUCUCCAUACAAGGCGCCAAAUUCGACGGUUUCGGCAAUCGCCGUGAUUGGUGGGACGGGAAAACGAUGAACAGCUUCAACAAAAUGACCAAAUGUUUCGUGGAUCAGUACGGGAAAACAAAAGUCGAUCAUUUGAAUUUGAUGAUUAAUGGAGCGAAAACGUUGAGUGAAAACAUUGCCGACAAUGGAGGACUCCGCGCCGCUUAUAAUGCUUUUCAGAAAGUUCUUCGCCGAGGUGAAGGCCGAGAACGGCCAUCCGCUUCCCAGCUCGCCCAAUACUCGCCCAAUCAAUUGUUCUUUAUGGGAUAUGCUUAUGUCUGGUGUCAAUCGGUGAGCGAUCAAUUUCUUCUUGCAAACGUUCCAGGUGAUGUCCAUCCUCCAAAUCGUCAACGUGUCAAUCUGGUUCUCCGAAAUCUUCCACAAUUCUCACAAGCUUUCAAAUGUUCACCAAAAUCGAAAAUGAUUGCCGGAAAGAAUGUAAAGUUUGGUAAAAUGCCAUCGUUUGUUUUUGAACUCAUUUGCUUUUGCAAUUCCCCCAAGUGCAUUUUUGUU